AUGCGCAUCCACCUCCCCCUCCAUCCACACCACUUCGCACAGGCAGGCGGGCCGCUCGCAGAGAUUGGAGGCGAGCUGGUCGUCAUUGAACUCCAAGGCGAACUUAGUUGGGAGGGCGAGCAGGCUGGUGGCGUUGUUGGGGUGUUGGGACUGGACCGGCCUCUUCCAAAGCCUUAUGCUGUCAUUCGGCGGGCGGAGGAUCCGGCUGGUGGUGCGCUCGAGGGCGACGCGGAGGAUGAGGAGAGCGACGCGGAUAACGAGGAGGAAAGGAGUCCAAAGCGGCCCGCAGGAGGGAGAGAUAUCCUCGGUCCACUCGCCAAGAAGCGGAGAGUAGACGAGGAUGAUGAUGACGAGCCACCGCUCUUUCCGGAGCAGAAUACCCCGCAGCGCCCGCCACCACCCCUACCGCCCAGUUCGCCGAUCAGCUUCCACCCCUCUAGUGCGCACGACUAUUCGAGCGAUCUUGAUAGCUCGCCAGUCAUGGGCUUCGGUACUCUUCCGCCAUCUGAGUUUGACGAGGACGAGGCGGAGGAGGAGCAGCGCGUUCGGCAUUACGAGGUCGUUGGUGUCGUGCGCAAGAAAAUCGUUUUUGCGUUACGCCCCGAACCCCUCGUCCAGCCCACGCCGCUUCCCGAGUAA